CAGGAUGCAACUCUUCACUGCUUACUUCAGCUUCAGCUUUUUUGGAACAUUUUGUGAUACAACCCAAAUUGCUCCUACUGGAAACUAAGCAAAAUCUCCCUUUUUUUUGGUUUUAAAUUCAAAGCCCCCCCGCCCCAAGACUUGGUCUUCUCCCAGCACACAGGUGAGGACAACCAGCCUUCAUGACGUCACCAAGGAGGAGGAGGAAGGUUGUGUGGGCUUGACGCUGAGCAGGACGCCUCAUUCACUUCAUCCCCAGCUGACUGGAGCACGGACAGGACCAGCAAACAACUCUCCCUUCCCGACGCUGCCGUAACUACUUUGGCAAAGCACACAGGCUGCAGAGGCAUCAUGUCGUCACUCCUUCUCUUAUUAGGCCUUCUUACUAUGCCAGGAUUCAUCACAGCCCCCUCAUCGACAGCGAGCAACACUCAGUCCACCGCUUCCUCUACGUCUAUAGGUACACCAAUCUCCUCCGCCAGCAUGUCUUCCUCCACAGUCCCCUCCACUACCGGAGUUCCCAUGUCCACCACCCCCACCCUCCAGAUCUCCUCAAGCGCAGCUUUAAUACCCACAGUCUCUUCGUCAAGCACACCCUUAUCCACAGGUUCGGUAACAACCCCCCCCAUGCUUUGGUCCACCACGACCACCAACCCUGCAAGCGGAGCACCCACUAACACUGAAACUGCCACCCAGGCCACAACCCUAUCCACAGGGUCAGCAGCCAGCACCAUGAUGUGGUCCACUGGUAGCACCAGCCUUGCAAGUGGGGUACCAACAACCACUGCUGCUGCCACAAGCUCACCCUUAUCCACAGGUUCGGUAACAACCCCCCCCAUGCUUUGGUCCACCACGACCACCAACCCUGCAAGCGGAGCACUCACUACCACUGAAACUGCCACCCAGGCCACAACCCUAUCCACAGGGUCAGCAGCCAGCACCAUGAUGUGGUCCACUGGUAGCACCAGCCUUGCAAGUGGGGUACCAACAACCACUGCUGCUGCCACAAGCUCACCCUUAUCCACAGGUUCGGUAACAACCCCGGCCAUGCUUUGGUCCACCACGACCACCAACCCUGCAAGCGGAGCACCCACUACCACUGAAACUGCCACCCAGGCCACAACCCUAUCCACAGGGUCAGCAGCUAGCACCAUGACGUGGUCCACUGGUAGCACCAGCCUUGCAAGUGGGGUACCAACAACCACUGCUGCUGCCACAAGCUCACCCUUAUCCACAGGUUCGGUAACAACCCCCCCCAUGCUUUGGUCCACCACGACCACCAACCCUGCAAGCGGCGCACCCACUACCACUGAAACUGCCACCCAGGCCACAACCCUAUCCACAGAGUCAGCAGCCAGCACCAUGAUGUGGUCCACUGGUAGCACCAGCCUUGCAAGUGGGGUACCAACAACCACUGCUGCUGCCACAAGCUCACCCUUAUCCACAGGUUCGGUAACAACCCCGGCCAUGCUUUGGUCCACCACGACCACCAACCCUGCAAGCGGAGCACCCACUACCACUGAAACUGCCACCCAGGCCACAACCCUAUCCACAGGGUCAGCAGCUAGCACCAUGACGUGGUCCACUGGUAGCACCAGCCUUGCAAGUGGGGUACCAACAACCACUGCUGCUGCCACAAGCUCACCCUUAUCCACAGGUUCGGUAACAACCCCCCCCAUGCUUUGGUCCACCACGACCACCAACCCUGCAAGCGGCGCACCCACUACCACUGAAACUGCCACCCAGGCCACAACCCUAUCCACAGAGUCAGCAGCCAGCACCAUGAUGUGGUCCACUGGUAGCACCAGCCUUGCAAGUGGGGUACCAACAACCACUGCUGCUGCCACAAGCUCACCCUUAUCCACAGGUUCAAUAACAACCCCGGCCAUGCUUUGGUCCACCACGACCACCAACCCUGCAAGCGGAGCACCCACUACCACUGAAACUGCCACCCAGGCCACCGCUGACACAACCCUAUCCACAGGGUCAGCAGCCAGCACCAUGAUGUGGUCCACUGGUAGCACCAGCCUUGCAAGUGGGGUACCAACAACCACUGCUGCUGCCACAAGCUCACCCUUAUCCACAGGUUCGGUAACAACCCCCCCCAUGCUUUGGUCCACCACGACCACCAACCCUGCAAGCGGCGCACCCACUACCACUGAAACUGCCACCCAGGCCACAACCCUAUCCACAGGGUCAGCAGCCAGCACCAUGAUGUGGUCCACCAGGAGCACUGGCCUUGUAAGUGGUGGACCAACAACCACUGCUGCUGCCACAAUCUCACCCUUAUCCACAGGCACAGCAACCGGCACUAUGCAGCCAGUGACUGGAAGAACAACCGCUGCUGGUUCUACACUUACGGCCUCUGUUAGCUCAGUCAGCGCUCCUAACACAGGAACCAACUCUGCCUCCUCAACAGCCACACCCAUGUCCACAACAACCAUGUCGACCACCGCUUCACAGACCUCCGAGAGUUCAAGCACUGGCUCCUCGACUUCCAUGUCAACCACCACCACAAUCUUAUCCACAGAGUCAGCAGCCAGCACCAUGACGUGGUCCAUUGGUAGCACCAGCCUCGCAAGUGGUGGACCAACAACCACUGCUGCUGCCACAAUCUCACCCUUAUCCACAGGCACAGCAACCAGCACAAUGAAGCCAGUGACCGGGGGAACAACCGCUGCUGGUUCUACACUUACGGCCUCUGUUAGCUCAGUCAGCGCUCCUAACACAGGAACCAACUCUGCCUCCUCCACAGCCACACCCAUGUCCACAACAACCAUGUCGACCACCGCUUCACAGACCUCCGAGAGUUCAAGCACUGGCUCCUCGACCUCCAUGUCAACCACCACCACAAUCUUAUCCACAGAGUCAGCAGCCAGCACCAUGACGUGGUCCAUUGGUAGCACCAGCCUUGCAAGUGGGGUACCAACAACCACUGCUGCUGCCACAAGCUCACCCUUAUCCACAGGCACAGCAACCGGCACAAUGAAGCCAGUGACCGGGGGAACAACCGCUGCUGGUUCUACACUUACGCCAUCUGUUAGCUCAGUCAGCGCUCCUAACACAGGAACCAACUCUGCCUCCUCCACAGCCACACCCAUGUCCACAACGACCAUGAUGACCAUCGCUUCACAGACCUCUGAGAGUUCAAGCACAGGCUCCUCGACCUCCAUGACGACCGCCACCUCUGCUGGUAACAUGUCGACAACUGCAAUGAGCAUGCUAUACUGUCCGGAAUUCUCGUGCAACUACUCGGACUGCAACGCCAUGUACGGCAGUCAAAAUGCAACGCAGUGUGCCGCUGGUCAGUGGUGUAAGCUGUGCAAGAUGGACAUGUACUACCACAUGGUGGGCUGCAGCCACACCUGCGGCCGCCUCUGCACCAACACCUCCCAGACCAACUGCACUGUGUUUUGCUGUAAUGCCACCGACUGCCUCAACCACACCUUUGCGUCCAUGGAGAUGCCCAUGAUGUCCACAGCUGCUGCAACCAGCGCAGGCGUCACCACGGCCGCCAUCACCCCGCCGACAACAGAAGACCACAGUAACAAAUGCCAUCAAGGGACGUGCACCGGGCCGACUUGCUACACCAGCAUUAGCACACCCAUGAAGUGUUCCUCCACACAGGUGCACUGUCAGCUGAAAAAAGAGAUGGUCGGCUCGGACAUGCGCUGGACAGCCGGCUGCACGACCAACUGCGGGGGCCAGACAGCGUGCACAGCAACCACGCAGCCGCCGUGCCACCUGGAGUGCUGCAACGCCACCCUCACUUCCUGCCUGUGGCUGAACGGCACCAUGAACGUCUUUUCGUCCGCCACCACAGGUCCUCUUCUUCAAGCGGAACUCAUGACGUUUUUACUGGGCUUUCUGGUCGCUUCCGGUUUCCUGCUGUGAGAAAGCACACCGAAAGUCUUUAUCCGAUGCUGAUUGUAUGUACAGGAUGUUUGGAGUCGCGGUUAAAAACUUUAUUUUUGGGGGUCUAAAGACCAGUGACAAUUCAUAGAGAAAUGCAGGAGUCAGAAGCAUCAUCACAUUACUCAAUAACUACUGCAGGUGUGCCUAAUAAUGUUGUGCUUUUUUUUUUUAUUGUCCUCUCUUAAAGCCAUUUGUGAAAAUAACACAGCUGUGACAAUAUAUGAUGCACUUUACGCACAAUGUUACAUGUUUGUUUGUUUUUCAUCUAAAAGGCAUUUUUAAGUAUGUUUAGUUUCUAAUUCAGUCAAUCAUGCUUCUUUUUUUUUUUUUUUCGUUUUUCCCGUGCAUUGUGAUUACUUUUGUGUCAUUUUUUUAGGGCAAACAUGUCAAACAAAGUCACUUUCAUAUAUUUUGUGUAUUGUACAAAAUGUAAUUGUUUCUAUAAUUAAAUAAAUCUUACAAAUUGCAUGCCUGAUACAGAUCAUGUUUUAUUACCGUGUGCAAUUGGGGGUAUUAUUCAGUUGGAAUAUUAAAAAGGAACACAAAAAAAAAAUACUAUUUUGGUAUCAUUGGCCUGCAUGGGAUUUUUAAAAAUUGAAAAAUUAAUCAGACUCUAUUGUAAACAGGCAAGCUGUUACAUGGUUUUUUUUUUUCAUCUAAAAGGAAUUUUUAAGAUUGUUUAGAUUCUAAUUCAGUCAAUUAUGUUUCUUUUUUUUUCAGUUUUCCCUGUGCAUUGUGAUUACAUUUGUGUCGUAUUUUAGGGCAAACAUGACAACAAAGUCAGUUUCAUAUAUUUUGUGUAUUGUACAAAAUGUAAUUUGUUUCUAUAAUUAAAUAAAUCUUACAAAUUGCUUGCC